AUGGUGUCUCGCGCCCGCUACCGCCAAUUAACGUUUCUCUCGGCAUCUCUAAUAGUAUGUCUGGGCCUCUUGGCCUUUUCUAAUCGUCAUCGCCAUGUGCCAGUUGUGGCCUCGUUGAAAGAGCGAUACCCUUUGCUUUGGAAACACCCAAAUCCCGACCCUCAAACUAUAAUCGAAGCCGCGCAGUUAGCAACCCAAGCGACUGAAUCUGGCGAAGCACGCUGUGCAGUGCCACAUUCACUAAUCCCCUUAAUCAUCCAUCAGACAUGGGGUCACCGGCGAAUUGAUACUUGGCCAGAAGACUCUCGGCAAAGUGUCGAAAGAUGGCUGCAAUUCGUGGUCGAGGAUGGAAUGGCAUAUUUUCUUUGGGAAGAUGAGGGCAUGGUAGACUUUAUCGAUCACUUCGCGCCUGAGUCCCAUGAGCAUUAUGCAUCGCUGCCAUCGAUGGUUGAGAAAACAGACUACUUUCGUAUCCUAGUCGCUACACUUGUUGGCGGGAUCUAUGGAGAUCUCGAUACCGUGCCACUCAAGUCACCUGCCCAGUGGAUCACUUCACAGGAUAUUCUGCCAUGGACAGACCUUGAGACUAGGUCCGUCUAUAAAUCUACGAAGCCUGUUCGGGCAAUUUUCAGCAUCGAAGCAGAUUGUCUGCCCACUGAUCACACAUGCUGGCGCAUGGGCUAUCCGGAUUCGAUCCAGCUGACUCAGUGGUCGUUCGCCUCGACACGAGACCAUCCUCUCCUACACAGAUACCUCGAGAAUCUCGCUCACCAAUUACAGACAAUUGCAAAUCAAUACGGCGGACUACAAACGUCAGCCGCUCGUACUGAGCUACAGGCCCUUGAUCCUUUGACUUUGACGGGUCCGGAGGCCUUGACUUACGCUGUUAAGGAAUGGCUCAAUGUCUCGGCUAGAUUUAGGUGGAAUGCGCUGACUGGCCUGCAAGAUGGAGGGAAGGCCAAGCUAGUCGACGAUGUAUUGAUCCUCCCUAUUACUAGUUUUAGUCCCGGUAGAGGAAGGUACGGAAACAUGGGCUCUAAGCCCAUCACAGAUCCCACAGCAUUAGUGCACCAUCGCGGCCAAGGUUCUAGCGGCUAUACAAGGCCGAACAAGUGGCCUCUAUUUGUAUGGUUUACUGAAUAA